CGACAAAGAAUGGACAUCCAGACGGGUCAGGUGGUGCGCCCGGUGAGCGCCACGGAGACCAUGGAGCGCCAGCUGAGCUGCCCCAUCUGCCUGGACAUGUUCACCAAGCCCGUGGUGAUCCUGCCGUGUCAGCACAACCUGUGCCGCGGCUGCGCCAACGACCUGUACGAGUCCCGGAACCCCUACCGGUACUCGGGGGGCACCUUCCGCUGCCCCACCUGCCGCUUCGAGGUGGUCCUGGACCGCCACGGCGUGUUCGGGCUGCAGAGGAACCUGCUGGUGGAGAACAUCAUCGACAUCUACAAGCAGCAGCAGGAGAAGGGGGGCGACAAGGAGACAGCCCCGCUGAAGGACGCGGACGCCAAGGAGCCGCGCUGCGCGGAGCACGAGGACGAGCGCAUCAACAUCUUCUGCAUCACGUGCCAGGCGCCCACGUGCUCGCUCUGCAAGGUGUUCGGGGUGCACCGGGACUGCGAGGUGUCGCCGCUGCACGCCGUGUACCAGACCCAGAAGGGCGAGCUGCGCGCGGCCGUGGAGCUGCUCGCAACCGCCAACGCCUGCAUCCAGGCCACGAUGGCGCAGAUGGACGACACGUGCACGCGCAUCCAGGAGAACGGCGAGCUGCAGCGCAGGCGCCUCGGAGAGAGCUUCGACCUGCUGUUCGCCCUGCUGGAGGAGCGCAAGGGCGCGCUGCUGGAGCGCGUGGGCGCCGAGGAGCGGGACAAGGUGGCCGCGCUCAGGGCGCUCGCGGAGACGUACAAGAAGCAGCUGCAGGUGGGCGAGCAGCUGCACGAGCGGCUGACGCAGAGCGUGGCGGCGAGCGGCGCGGCAGAGUUCCUGCUCGCCGCCACGCGGCUGCAGGAGGAGGCGAGGCGCGCGGCGAGUGGCGCGGCCGCGCUGCAGCGGCCCGAGCCGGGCUACGAGAGCAUGGAGCACCUCAGGGUGGACACCGGGCACGCGCAGGCGCUGAUCACCGCCAUGGACUUCACCCGCGGGGGCGAGCAGGGCGCGCGGGACGCAGACAGAGACUAAA